AUGAUUCCUCACAAUUUACUCACAAAAUUAACUCUGAAACACUCACAACGAUUAUCGACAUGCGUUGCACUUCGACAUUUGCACCGAGCAAUGCCUUCUUUGUCGCAUAGCAAUGUCAAGCUGUGGGAUCAGCUUCCAGGCGAAGGCGGCUCCAAAAAGAAAGGUCUAGAAGAACUCUUGGGUCCCCUGAGAGCAGAGAAGUUUGCCAUUCCAGAUCCUCGACAAACUGUAGGACAUGAUCACUUUGACAUUGCUAUUGUUGGUGGCGGUAUUGUUGGCUUAGCCACUGCUAGAGAGAUCUUGAAACGAUAUCCACAUGUCACAUUGACCGUUUUGGAAAAGGAGGCAGAAGUAGCAGGACAACAAACUGGACAUAACAGUGGUGUCAUUCACGCUGGAUUGUAUUACGAACCGGGAUCUCAAAUGGCUCACACUUGUGUUCGUGGUGCCGAUCUCAUGUACAAGUACUGUGAGGAACAUCAACUGCCUGUUGAACGUUGUGGUAAAAUGGUAGUCGCUUGCAAUGAAAAGGAACAUGAACAAGUAGAAAAACUAUACCGCCAGGGCACUGCCAAUGGAGUUCAGGGGCUGAAGAUUAUCUACAGCAAAGAGAUUACGGAAUUAGAACCCAAUGUCAGAGCAUACAGUGCCCUGUACUCACCGAACACGGGUAUCGUCAACUACUGGCUUGUCAGUCAAUGCAUUGCAAAUGAGCUUCGAAAAUCAGGACGUGCUGACAUCAAGACCUCAUUCGAAGCUAAGAAAUUUGAAAAGACAAGCGAUGGCAAGGUCAAAAUUACUGGUGGCGAGCCCAUCAUGGACGGCCCUCAUUUGGAAAUCACUGCCAACAAGGUCAUCACAUGCGGUGGUCUCUAUUCAGAUCGUAUCGCUGGUCUUACAGGAGGUGAUGCUAGCAAGCACAAAGUCGUUACAUUCCGUGGUACCUAUUACCAAUUGAAGCCCGAGUACCGUACCUUGGUUAAACGCAACAUUUACCCUGUGCCUAAUAAUAGUGGUAUCCCUGUUGGCGUGCACUUUACUCCUACUGUAGACGUUCGUCGUGGCCAUCAAACAAUUGUAGGUCCCGGUGCCUGUAUCACAUUUUCUCGCGAAGGCUAUCGUUUCUUUGACGUUAAGAUCAAGGAUGUGUGGGACAAUGUCAUGAAUAGCGCAUUUUGGGCAUUUGCGCUCAAGAAUUUCAGUUUAUCGUUGGAGGAAUUGUACAAAGAUUUGAACAAGACGGCAUUUCUCAAGAGCGGCCAAAAGUACGUGCCCUGUUUGACAGGUGAUAUGGUAGAACCUAGUUUUGCUGGUGUCAUGGCACAGGUAUUCGAAAAGGGCGGUGUUGCUGCUGGCGAUUUCAUUGUAGAGACAAAUGUCAUGGACGGCUUAAUCUUGAACGUUAGAAAUGCACCAAGUCCUGCCUGCACAGCUUCAUUUGCUAUUGGUGAAAUGGUGACUAAUCGUGCUGAACAAGAUUGGGGCUGGAAGGACAAGUUGACAUGA